AUGGCACCAAUUUCGGACGACGUCAUCGAAAAGGAAGCAGACGAUGACACCACUUCGGCAGGGCAUCUCAUGCUCCAGCAACAGCGGCAGGUGCUGUACUACCUCCGUCUUAUUGAGCACGAAAUGCCCAAGCUGGUUGCCUACCGCAAGCCAUUCGUCCCCCCAAACUCAUCGCAGCCAUUGGUAGUCCAGACGAUUUCGUACGGAGGAGAGGAGCACCCCGUGGAGGUCAAGAGGACAAUAGUGGUUCCAGUUGCUCGUCUACCGCUGAAGGAUGAACCCGCGAAACACAAAUUCAAACUGCUCGCAGGGACUCGCUGGACCCCAGAUCCACCACCCAAUUCUGGCAUUGGUAAAGACGAGUCUGGGGGAGAGCAUGGCUAUUUCAAGAUCGCAUGCGAGGAUUUCCCAAAGCCAGCCAUGAACUUGAAGUGGGCUAGUGAUGCGCUGGACGGUUUGUUGGCUGAGGCGAAUAAUUCUCAAGACAAUUUUGAGGACAUACCUCUUGAUACCCGACAUAUCGAGGCAAAAGUACGAAAAGCGAAAAAGGGAGACCAUGUGUAUGCUCGCAGAGGUAUCCGACCGACGUUGAAGGAUUUCCCUCAGGAGUGGUUGCCCACUCCGAAGGCAGCACCCGGUGUCGCAUCUCCUUUAUCACAGUAG